GUAGCUUUCAGAGCUUCCCCGAGUCUACCUCUGCGCACCUUUGUCGCCCAGCCUCGCUGCCGUCUCGAACCUUGCCGAUACCUGUCCGAUAUCUGACUGGCCCCAAGGAGAUACUCUGGAAAGGAGGGGCAUGGUAUCUCGGAGAGGUGGAGGAAGUGGGAGAGCGUGAGGCAAAUGGCCCGCGGGAAAGAGGCACGAAAAGAGGAGAUGGAGGCAGCCAUCACGUUCGAUGUAUCGAUCCCAUCGAACCAGCCCAGACCCAGCACAGCCAGACAACGGCAGACUCGCGGCAGCCGGAUUCUCUUGCCUCUUUCUGACGUCCAUGGACUCCAUUCGCUGUGGUUUUAGUUCCCCGCCCUGACCCUAGCUGCGAGUCUGGAAGUCCCGGUCAGCCGGCGAUGUAUACAUGUAUCGUAUCGAUGCAUCGACGCUCUUACAAGACAUAAAUACAACCUCCCCUGGCCGUGUUUUCCGUCGACCUGCCUUUCCACUCCAUCACACACAACAAACAUCUUCAUCUACCUCUUCUACAGAUCUCCGAACUUCCGGAUUUCCCAUCUCGAUUUAUUCCUAUAUAACAACCUCCCUCCCUCCGAGCUUCAGUCUCUCGAUCAUCAACAACAACUCAAACCCUUCAAUCAAUCACAAUGGUAUUGCUCUCUCGUCACAUCCGCUCCGUUGCCCCUCUGGCCUCUCGGGGACUUUCCACGUCCUCAAAGGCAUCUUUCCUCGCUGCUCGACCCGCAUUCAGCCGGGCCUCCCCAGCAUCCUCGACUCUCCCUCGCAAAUUGCCUGGCCAACUCAAUUCGAUCCGCACACUAACAACUACUCGCCAAAAUCAGGUCAAGGUCCUUGCAGUCCUCUACGACGGCGGUCAGCACGCCAAAGACGUCCCCGGCCUUUUGGGAACCACCGAGAACGAGCUCGGCAUCCGCAAAUGGCUCGAGGAUCAGGGCCACACUUUGGUCACCACCUCGGACAAGGAGGGCGAGAACUCAAAGUUUGACCAGGAGCUCGUCGACGCCGAGAUCAUCAUCACCACCCCCUUCCACCCUGGCUACCUCACCGCCGAACGCCUGGCAAAGGCCAAGAACCUCAAGCUCGCCGUCACCGCCGGCAUCGGCUCCGACCACGUCGACCUCAACGCCGCCAACAAGACCAACGGCGGCGUCACCGUCGCCGAGGUCACCGGCUCCAACGUCGUCUCCGUCGCCGAGCACGUCGUCAUGACCAUCCUCGUCCUCAUCCGCAACUUCGUCCCCGCCCACGAGCAGAUCGAGCGCGGCGACUGGGACGUCGCCGCCGUCGCCAAGCAGGAGUACGACCUCGAGGGCAAGACCGUCGGCACCGUCGCCAUCGGCCGCAUCGGCGAGCGCGUCCUCCGCCGCCUCAAGGCCUUCGACUGCAAGGAGCUCCUCUACUACGACUACCAGCCCCUGUCGGCCGAGAAGGAGGCCGAGAUCGGCUGCCGCCGCGUCGAGAACCUCGAGGAGAUGCUCGCUCAGUGCGACGUCGUCACCAUCAACGCGCCCCUGCACGAGAAGACCCGCGGCCUCUUCAACAAGGAUCUCAUCUCCAAGAUGAAGAAGGGCUCCUACCUCAUCAACACCGCCCGCGGCGCCAUCGUCGUCAAGGAGGACGUCGCCGACGCCCUCAAGUCCGGCCACCUCGCCGGCUACGGCGGCGACGUCUGGUUCCCCCAGCCCGCGCCCGGCGACCACCCGCUGCGCACCGCCAAGAACCCCUUUGGCGGCGGCAACGCCAUGGUGCCCCACAUGUCCGGCACCUCGCUCGACGCCCAGAAGCGCUACGCCGACGGCACAAAGGCCAUCAUCGACAGCUACCUGAGCGGUCGCGAGGACUACAAGCCCGAGGACCUCAUCGUGCACAAGGGCGACUACGCCACCAAGGCGUACGGCCAGCGCGAGAAGAAGUGAGCGAGUUUCUCUGGAUAUGUCGAUUGGAGUGGAAAUCAUACCCCAAUGAAAGGUUGUGUGUGAGGGAAAUCUAGCGUUUGUUUUUAGUAGUUUUUGAGCAUUAGCAUGAGCAUUUGACUUCCGAUGAAGUCUAGGUUACCG